ACGACGGGCCGGCGAGCCGAGCAAUCUAAGGUCUCUUUUCCUCUCCGGUUGUAGCGAAGAUGGCGGCACAGGGAACGCUCUACACGUGCAAGGAUAACUUCCGUUCAAGGAAUAUCCUCAUCGCCGCUGAGUACGGCAAAGCCAAGCUCACGGUUCAUCAAGAGCCCCCGAACUUCAUCUUCGGUGAAACCAAUCGUUCGGAUGCUUUCUUGGCGAAGUUUCCGCUUGGGAAAGUGCCCGCUUUCGAAAGCAAGGACGGUGUGAAACUCACUGAGGCCGCUGCCAUCGCGUACUACGUUGCCGGCAAUGAGCUCAAGGGCAAGGAUAAUGCCCAGAAUGCCCAGAUCCUCCAGUGGAUCGCUUUUGCCGACAACGAAAUCCUCCCGCCAGCCAGCGCUUGGACUUUCCCAUGUCUCGGAAUCAUGGGUUUCAACAAGCAAACUCAAGAGAAGGCUCAGGCCGAGGUGAAGACUAUUCUCUCCUACCUGAACAAGGUAUUCCUAUCGAAGACUUACCUCGUGGGAGAGCGCAUAUCCCUGGCGGAUAUCGCCGUCUUCAGCGCCCUGCUCAAUCUGUACACUCUCGUCUUGGAUCCCGCGUUCCGCAAGCCGUACGGCAAUGUCAACCGAUGGUUCGAGACCGUGCUGAAUCAACCGAAUGUCAGGAAGGUCGUAGGCCAAGCGAAACUCUGCGAGGUUGCAGCGCAGUUCGAUGCCGCAACUUUCGCUGAAAUCCAAGGCAAGGGCGACUCCGCCAAGAAGACCGACAAGAAAGCUGCCAAGAAGGACGAGAAGAAGGAGUCCAAGAAGGAAGACAAGAAACAAGCUCCCGAACCCCUCGAUGCCGGAGACGAAAUUCUCAUGGCAGAGCCUCCGAAAAAAGAUCCUUUCGAAGCCUUCCCCAAGGGCACUUUCGUCAUGGACGACUUCAAGCGUUCGUACUCCAACGAAGAUACCGCCGUGUCUAUUCCGUACUUCUGGCAGAAGUUCGAUCCGGAGAACUACUCCAUCUGGUACUGCGAGUACAAAUACCCCGAAGAUCUGACCAUGGUGUUCAUGUCUUGCAACCUCAUAUCGGGCAUGAUGCAGCGUCUGGAUAAAAUGCGCAAGAACGCCUUCGCUUCCAUGUGUCUAUUCGGAGAGGACAAUUGCUCCACAAUUUCCGGUAUCUGGGUUUGGAGAGGUCAUGAAUUGGCUUUCACCCUGUCGGAAGACUGGCAAAUCGACUACGAGUCCUAUCAAUGGAAGAAGCUCGAUCCCAAGGACGAGAGCACCAAGACUUUGGUGAACGAAUACCUCGCAUGGGAAGGACAGUUCGGAGGCAAGAAAUUCAAUCAAGGCAAGAUCUUCAAGUAAACUCCCCGUACGGCAUUCAGAGAUGCUCUAGGAACUUGCUUAAUAAAGACCUUUGAACACCA